GCUGCACACACGUCUCAAGCUAGAGCUAUGGAGACAGAGCCUCAGACUCUUGUACGUAGAACUAAGAACACUGCACACACGUCUCAAGCUAGAGCUAUGGAGACAGAGCCUCAGACUGAUGUACGUAGAACCAAGGACGCUGCACACACGUCUCAAGCUAGAGCUAUGGAGACAGAGCCUCAGACUCUUGUACGUAGAACUAAGAACACUGCACACACGUCUCAAGCUAGAGCUAUGGAGACAGAGCCUCAGACUCUUGUACGUAGAACUAAGAACACUGCACACACGUCUCAAGCUAGAGCUAUGGAGACAGAGCCUCAGACUCUUGUACGUAGAACUAAGAACACUGCACACACGUCUCAAGCUAGAGCUAUGGAGACAGAGCCUCAGACUCUUGUACGUAGAACUAAGAACACUGCACACACGUCUCAAGCUAGAGCUAUGGAGGCAGAGCCUCAGACUCUUGUACGUAAAAAUGCUAAUAAGCAAUCUACAUCUCGUAAGAGGAGUAACGAAACUCAGCAAGAAAUUGUUGAGCGGAAAACAAAAAAUAGACGUACAAUGUCUACUAUCAGACAUUGUACAAAAACAAUUGAUGUUGUAAUUGAUAAGUUUCUCACAAAGGUGAGAACUGGUCCUGAUUUUGUCUGUACUAGCUGCCACAGAAUGUUGUAUAGGCAUACUGUAGUGCGUUUCAAGCCUUGUAAGUACACUAAAGCUGACCCCGACCUACUCGAAAAGCUUUCUAAGCAUGCACACUUCAGUAAAAUCGAUGGGAACCAGUGGGUGUGUAAAACAUGUGAUGGUUCAAUUACCAGAGGUGUCAUGCCUGCUCAAGCUACAAUCAAUGGUAUGGAACUAGACAGUGAGCCUCAUGAGUUGAAGUGUUUGAAUGCACUAGAGCGUAGGUUAAUUGCAUUGCGUGUACCGUUUAUGAAGAUGGUAGCACUCCCAACUGGAAAGCAAAAGUGUAUACAUGGCCCAGCUGUAAAUGUACCAUCAAAAGUAGACACUGUGUGCGAUAUCCUUCCAAGGUUACCUUCAGAGUGUCAGCUAGUUCCACUAAAACUAAAGCGUAAAUUGUCCUACAAAGGACAUUAUCUGUACGACUAUGUAUCCCCAGAAAGAUUAAGUAAUGCUCUGAUAUGGCUGAAAGCUAACAAUUCAUUGUAUGCACACAUCAACAUUUGUGAUGAUUGGGUGACAAAUGCAAUAGCAGAUGACCAGGAGCUGGUAAUGAGCAUGCUAGAGCAAGACGAGCCUAUGCAUGAUAGUCACACCAAUGAGCCUGAGCCCACCAAACUUGAUGCCAAUAGUAGUAUUGCUUUAGACGUUCCUACCACUAGCGCUGACAUUUCCCAUACGGCUAGCAGCGGGGAUUCCAUAUCAGUGCAUUCUCAGCUAUUAGGUCAAUUUGUAGGUGAACACGGCUUAGUGAUACACGAUGUGCCAGGUGAUGGCAACUGCAUGUUCAGCUCAGUUUCAUAUCAGCUUCAACAUCUCGGGCAUGACGUCAACGCCAGUACCCUUAGAGAAAUGUCUGUAGAUUAUUUGACCGACAACGGUGACCGAUAUAGCCAUUUUGUACAUCAGUCAGUAGACAGCAAUGAUGGUUACAAUGCUGACAACGAACCCUUAGACGAGGAAGACUCACACAUUGCCUCACUUGCAGACCCAGAGGAGCAGCGACUCUUGCGCUGGGGUAAAUAUCUGCGCAGAUUGAGUGACGGUGCUUGGGGUGAUCACAUUGCUUUGACGGCAAUUGCCAAUCUAUUUAGUUUGAAAAUUAACACGUUCACUCUCAAUCGAAGUGGUACAAAUGUUGUCACUGUAAAUCCUUGCGGUGAACAUGAGGUCAACAUAGGGCUUAUCAUGCAGUAUCAUUUCGUCGGUUUAGAUGCACCUGUUACCACCCCAACAUUGACCAACUCUAGUCUUGCCUGUGCAAGUAUUAGGCAUGACAGUGAAGUAGAUCACAUGACUGACCCCCUAUGGUAGUCGAUGGC